CAAUGAAGAAAUUGGUAGAAAAUACACCUGACGUCGAAUACACGCAUUCAAACUCAAAGUCACGGGACGAAAUUGAGUGCAUUUGUACCUAUUUCAGUGAACUACAGACAGACAGAUUGAAGUUUGCAAGAUUUGUGUAAGAUUAAGUCUUUUAUUUUGACGUUAAAGUGAAGAACACAUCCAUCCAAAAUGUCGGCACUCUACCCAUCACUGGAAGACAUGAAGGUGGACCAGAUGGCUCAGGCCCAGGCCCAACACCAGCAGGUUGCACAGCAGGUGCAUGCUCCAGUGCCGGCCGUUCCGUUGGCCGUGGCUGCCCCAGUGUCAUCAACCAGCUCCCUCUACCCUUCCCUGGAGGAAUACAUGGGCUUGAACCUGACCCCCGAGGUGAUGGCAGCGCACAUGCCCAACGUACAACAGGCGAUUGUUCCAAGACCAGGCGGAACCGUUGCCGUAGGGCCCUCCAACAUGGUUGCCCCGGUCACAGGCUCCCAGAAUGUUGGUUUGAGGAGGGCCAACGUGACGAACGGCGUGCGGGAGGUCACACUCUGCAAGGACCAAAAGGGAAAGAUUGGCCUUCGCGUCCGAGCCAUCAGCAAGGGUGUCUUUAUUUCCUUUGUCGGCAAUGGAACGCCAGCCGCCAUGGGCAGAGUGCGGUUUGGUGAUCAGGUCUUGCAGAUCAACAGCGAGAAUUGCGCAGGAAUGACCAGCGACAAAGCUAUGAGCAAACUGCGUAAGUCUGCGCCUGAGAGGAUUGUCUUGGCUCUCCGUGACAGACCAUUUGAGAGGACAAUCACCCUUCAGAAGGACAGCACCAAUCACGUCGGCUUCGUCUUCAAGGGUGGCAAGAUUACCGCCAUCGCGAAGGACACCUCGGCCGCCAGGAAUGGCCUGCUGAUUGACCACGCCCUGCUGGAGGUCGAAGGUCAGAAUGUCAUCGGAAUGAAGGACAAGGCUAUCUUGGAGAUCAUGGCCCACGCUGGCAAGACAAUCACCCUGACUAUCAUGCCUAACUUUGUCUUCGAUCACAUGAUGAAGAGCAUGGCGACAUCACUUGUGAAGGGAGCAAUGGACCACAGCAUCCCAGAAGUCUAAAGAGCUGCAAGGCAUCAUGGGAAUAGAGCAUGGUAUCAUCGGAACCGUAUAACCAAUGAUUUAGGGUCACAAAAACAGUUGUGGAGGAUUUCAUACAAGUCGAAGGAUAGUUGACAAAAAAAAUAAAUUCCACUGUUAUUCCACAUUGUAAAAUGUAGAGUAGGCUCUUCAUAAUGCAAAAUAAAAGUACAUGUUAAUCUGUAAUUCACUGAUACAUUUUUCAGUUUUAAUAAACGCUAUCUUCCUUACUUUCUUGAAAAAAAGUCUUGUGUGGUCAUGAAUGUAUUUUCAGAUAAGCGGCACGAAUUGUAUUUUGUCAUAUUUUGCUACAUAAUAGGGUAGCUUUAACAACCCCCCCCCAAAAAAAAGUAGUGCUUGUUUCUGUAUCACCGAAUUAAUUUUCUUCGCAGUUAAUUCAUCUACUCUCAACAAAGAUGAACAAGUGCACCGAACGUAAUCACCUAUUUUCUGAUGAAGCUGCAUAGUUUUGAAUUUUUGUGUACAGUUAGUUGCAUUGAAAUAAAUGAGAAAGUUCAAAUUAUGUGGGAUUAUUUUUUUCCAGAGAUGGGGGGAUUUUGAUAACGGCUGUUUUGAGAAUUAUGGGUUUUCUUAUGUUCAUGUAGAAAUGUAGAUAUUUAACAAGAACUAAAUACAUGUACUUCAGUUUUUGAAAGGCUAGUGCUGUUUCGACCAAUAAUGAGUAUUAAGUAAAAACAUGAUAAAGUAUAUUUGGGACUCGGAGAUAACUUUUGUGAAAGUGCCGAAAGUAAAAAUGUCGACAUGUAUUUUGCAUUCUUAUAAUCGAUUAAGUAAUAGUAUGCAUUUGACGAGUAUAAAAAUUGAUAUCAACUCUUAUUUUGAUAAAUAAUGCAUGUUUUAGAAAAUUGCCUAUACAUGUAGUUGUGUGUUAAUACUCCAAAACAAAAAAAAUUGCCAUAUUUUGCAAUGCUUGUGUAAAAAGGGUAGAUGUAAUUUGUUAAACAUGUGUUUUGAUAAAGGAAGUUUAAAAUCAUUUAUUGGUUUGCAUUGUUUUGUUUAGGCAAUAGAUUUGCAAAUCUAAAUGUAAAACUCCAAUUUUCUCACAGAGUUAUUUGUCCGUUUUGGAUGUCAAGUUUAAAUGAUGCUCACUCAAUUCCUACAACACGCCCUGAAAUCGCUGUUCAAUUUAAUUAUGUGUACAGAAAGUCUAAAAUUUAUUUCUGAAUUUUUUUGGUUGUUUCAGGUUAUAAUUAAAAAAUAUAUUUUCCUUCAAAGUGCAUGGCCUGUGAAACUGUAAUCUUAUUUUUCUGGGUUUUUUUUUUCUCUGCACACAAAACGAAAUUGAGCAUCGUGGCCAUUUUGUGGUGUUUUACAUUAUUUUACUGAUGUUUACUUGUCCACCACUUAAAGAGGCGGAUCUGUUGUAAAUAUUAACAUUAUGGAAUUAACAAACUAUCACUGAAUACGAAAUAAAAGUAACUUGCAAAAAGUA